GUCAAUCUGCAGUUGUUGCUCCGUGCAAGAGUUUCUUUCGCUCGUCUGAACUGGGGGAAAAGAUGGCGUCCCAGCUGUUGACUUUGAGGGUCUUGGGGUUCGCUGCACUGCUGACAUUCUUGGCUCUAACAGAAUGGAUUGUGUUCCGCUUUGGAGGUUCGACUGCACGCCCGCAAUCGUUCGGACUUCACCUGUUUCCUUUCGUCCUCGCAGAAGUGUCAGGCGAUGGCAAAAAGCUUCACAAGCUCUUCAGAAAGAGAGAUGCGGCAGCCGCGGCUCCUCCCGCCGCCGCCGCCGCCGCCUCCUCCAAGGCCUCCGUCGCCGUGUCGCCCUCCAAAGCUCGGGAGUUUCUGGCCACACUGAGCCGACGCAAGAGGAACAUUUGGGACCACAGCAGAGCGGAUGUGCAGCAAUGGAUUAUGCAGUUUAUGUACAUGGGCUUUGACGAGCAGAGGCUGGAGUCGGACUUGUCCUACUGGAUGGACCACGCACGCUCCAAUGACCACGGACGUCAGCAUCACUACGACGAGAACGCACCCAUCGGCCCGCGUGACCCAAACUCGUACCGACACGGCGCCGACGUCAACUAUGACUACUAUUAGCGACUAGCACGCGCACACCUUCCUGACAUGAGAGGAAAAAAUGCUUUUUCGACAGGCAAAGCAGCUCUCCUGCUUUCCUCGGGGCUCUGCUCAGAAAUGCAAAAAAUAAAGAUUAUGUAAAAAUGA